AUGGAAGAACUAGGGAUACAACCAACAGCUGCUCCAAGUCUUGAUAAGUCUAAGAUUGAAAAUUUAUUCAUUAAUAAUUCAAAUUCAUUAAAUUCAAAUACAGAUGUUUAUCUUAAAUUGAAAAAAUUAGAAAAAGAAUAUGAAUUAUUAUUAUUACAAGAAGAUUAUAUAAAAGAUGAACAACGUCAUUUAAAAAGAGAAUUAGUUCGUGCUCAAGAGGAAGUUAAAAGAAUUCAAUCUGUUCCUUUAGUUAUUGGACAAUUUUUAGAACCAAUAGAUCAAAAUGUUGGUAUAGUAUCUUCAACUACAGGAUCAAAUUAUGUUGUUAGAAUUUUAUCAACUUUAGAUAGAGAGUUAUUGAAAAACUCAGCUUCUGUUGCAUUACAUCGUCAUUCAAAUGCUCUUGUGGAUAUUUUACCACCAGAAGCUGAUUCAAGUAUUGCCAUUUUAGGUGAUGGUGAAAAACCAGAUGUUACAUAUGCAGACGUUGGUGGAUUAGAUAUGCAAAAACAAGAAAUUAGGGAAGCUGUUGAAUUACCUUUAACCCAAGGUGAUCUAUAUAAACAAAUUGGUAUUGAUCCUCCAAGAGGUGUCUUAUUAUAUGGUCCUCCAGGUACUGGUAAAACAAUGUUGGUUAAAGCUGUGGCAAAUGGAUCAACUGCAUCAUUUAUAAGAGUUAAUGGUUCAGAAUUCGUUCAAAAAUAUCUUGGUGAAGGUCCACGUAUGGUUCGUGAUGUUUUCAGAUUAGCAAGAGAAAAUUCUCCAUCAAUUAUAUUUAUUGAUGAAAUUGAUGCAAUUGCAACCAAACGUUUCGAUGCACAAACUGGUGCAGAUCGUGAAGUUCAACGUAUUUUAUUAGAAUUAUUAAAUCAAAUGGAUGGGUUUGAUCAAAGUUCUUCAGUUAAAGUUAUUAUGGCAACAAAUAGAGCUGAUACAUUAGAUCCAGCAUUAUUAAGACCUGGUCGUUUAGAUAGAAAAAUUGAAUUCCCAUCAUUAAGAGAUAGAAGAGAACGUCGUUUAAUUUUCUCUACGAUUGCCGGAAAUAUGUCCCUUUCACCUGAAGUUGAUUUAGAUUCUUUAAUUAUUAGAAAUGAUCCAUUAUCUGGUGCUAUUAUAGCUGCAAUCAUGCAAGAAGCUGGUUUAAGAGCUGUUAGAAAAAAUAGAUAUGUUAUUUUACAAAGUGAUUUAGAAGAAGCUUAUACUGCACAAGUUAAAACUGGUAGUGAAGUUGAUAAAUUUGAAUUCUAUAAAUGA